UUAAACGUAAAAGUUUAGAAAUAAUAUAUCUAGAAAUUAUUAAGGUCAACUUCCCAUCAUGCUUUGAAAAAUUUAGCGGGAAAUUCUGUUGUGUUUGCCGCCAAAGAAGUUGUCUUGUUCUGCUCGGGUCAGAGAGACUAUGAGUACCGCACCUGAAGUAAAGCUGCCCAUUGCAGUCAUCAAGGAUGAGAAAACAGAAGAAACAAAGAAAGUGAAGAAGCAGGUGAAGCUGUCCCUUGCCGAGGAGACCCGUGGCUGGGCCCUGAACCAGGAGGUGUCCCGGUUACUGGAACAGAUCCCGCAGAUCAAUGACUCCUUCUCCAUUGUGAGAAAGAUCGGAGAGGGCACUUUCAGCAGCGUGUACUUAGCUACACUCAAGCAGAUGCCAUGGCUGAAAGAGAACUAUGCCCUCAAGCAUAUCAUCCCCACCAGCCAUCCCGACAGGAUGGAAACGGAGCUGCGCUGUCUGCAGGAAAUAGGGGGGAAAGACAACGUCAUGGGCAUGUUGUUCUCUGUGAGGGGAGAAGACAGCUUCGUGGUGGGCAUGCCCUACUUUCCACACGAGAGCUUCCAUGAGUACUUGCCAAAGAUGAGUUUGAAAGAGGUCAGAGAUUAUAUGGAGAACAUGUUGAUUGCACUACGGAGGGUUCAUCAGUUUGGGAUCAUCCACCGGGAUGUCAAGCCCAGUAACUUCUUGUACAGUCGCGCUGAGAAGAGAUACAGCCUUGUAGAUUUUGGCCUGGCCCAACCAGAACAGAAGACAUCAAACAAGCCUGCUACACAAGUGAAAAGAAGUCGCCCAGAGUCAGCAGUCUCUUCCUCACCAGCCAAAAAGAAGCCCCGCACAAGUGGCAGCAAGAGAGAAAAUGCUGUACAACAAGCUCCACUGCCCAAAGCAUCUGUCCUGGUACCAAAGCAAAGGGAUAUCAAUGUUCUGCAUGAAAAGCAGACAGCUAAGGCAAACAUCCAAAAUGGGAAGCUAAAAGCAAGUGCUUUGUUAAAGAAGGCAGCUCUCAAACAAUGCCAAAACUCUUCCUUAAUGGCCCUCAACAAAACAGUGGGUCAGCAGCAGAAGAUGAGAAUCACAGUGAAGGAUAGGACCCGACAGAAAGCGUCUCAUCCUGCUUGUUCCUGCUCAGGUACACCCAAUAUCUGUCGACUCUGCACAUCCAGACACCACCAGGUCGCUCCACGUGCUGGAACCCCAGGGUUCAGAGCCCCAGAAGUGCUCCUGAAGUGUCCAAAACAGACAACUGCAGUGGACAUCUGGUCUGCUGGAGUGAUCUUCUUGUCCCUACUCAGCGGGCGCUACCCCUUCUUCCGAGCCAAAGAUGACAUGCAGGCCCUUGCACAGAUCAUAGCCCUCAUGGGAAGCCGGGAGGUGGCUAAUGCUGCCAAGGCCUAUAACAAAGACUUGUACGUCACUCCAACCAUCCCACCCAUGGACUUGAAGGACACAUGCUUGAGACUGCGUCUCGGCACUAGGAUGUACAAAGACUGCAAAGAUUCUCCCAGCCAGGCUCUCACCAGUGGUCGCAGAAGCUCACCAAGCAACAACAGACAUAAGAAGUCUAGCCCUGCUCCUAAGCAUGCAGAGAUACUGACAAAGGGGCAGAAGAACAAGGGCUGGGACAACGUGCCUGACUCAGCAUUUGACCUGUUAGAGAAGUUGUUGGACCUGAACCCUGACACACGCAUCACUGCAGAUGGUGCUCUGAGCCAUCCCUUCCUCUCCAGCUGUAGCUAAGGAAUAAGGCUUGGUGAUGAGCAGAGAGUUUAAGUUUCUCCCAGCUGGGACACAGUGUUUGGCACCAAAUACCUAUUUGUUAGCCUUUCAUGUUUCUGUACAUAUGAUGUGCAAGCUGUAACACUUCUCAUUUUACUUUAGUUUAUAAUGUUGUUAUUGGAUUAUGAAAUAAAUUGCUUUAAAUUUGCCAAAUGUUGUGGCUUGUAUGCCAUUCUUAGUUUACCCAGGCCUUUAUACUCCCUCCUUACAAAUCUUGGGGUUGUAUAGGAGCCCUGGUAAACUAUGAUGGCACUGGCUACAGAAUUGGAUCCCAGAAAGUAUUUUUAUCAAAUUUUCCCAUGUAUUUAACAAUGGAUUUUAAAUUGUUUAUGUGUAAUGGAAUAUGCCUUGAUCUUUUAUGCCAUAGUAUGGUAUUUAUUUUGUGCUGAACAUUAUUUUCACUGUUGUGUUUACAUUUUAAAAAUCAUCUGCCAAAUGUACUUUUAGAAAAUUUGCAGCUACCACCUGUUAUUGUUAAAAUGAACAACUUCAUGUAUACAGUAUAGGCAAAGGUAUAAUGUAAAUGACAUUGAGGACAAGUAAAGGUUUUUGACUCAA